CAAGUUCAAAACUUAAAAAGAACCAGUGCUCAUUUUGGAACCAAAACAAUUCAGUACGAUAGAUAAGAAUGGUCAGAAUAUCAUGUCCAAAUAUAAUAACGACACGGAUACAACUAAUAAUCAGAGAUUAGCCCAACCAGAGGAAUUAUUGAAUAGUUCCAACAACGACUCCAGUGACUCCAGUGAUAUUGAAAUAAGUCGAAGCAGCAAAUUACGACGCAGAUCUUCUCGUAAUACCUCGUUUCAUUAUCCGGCCUUACCUAUGCACGUUGUUGGCCAUAAUUCUUCGAUAAUUCCUGAAAUUCCCAGCACAGCCCGAGAUGUAACUCUUAAAUCCGCUCAGAUAAUUGCGGAUAGUUCCGAUUCGGAGUUUCAUAUAUCCAACGAAUCCAGUAACGAUGAGCCGCCGAAGAAAUCCAUUACGUUUACAGGCCGUCCACUAAUAAAAACUGAUUUGGACUUUAUUAGAAGGCAACGUAAAAGAAGGCAGACUCAAAAGAAAGUUAUCUACAAAGAUUAAAAACUAAACUUAAUAUUUUUCAAAAAACAACCGCUAACCAGGGCUUCGAAGAACAAACUACCGCAAUAAUAUUGCCCAACACUAGCACACUAACCAGGGCUGGCUAGUGUAGUUUGGAGUGGUGGUCAAUUUUUUCGAGCAUAAUUAUUUACACUGAUUUUAUACAAAUAAACCAAAUAAAUCUUAGGAAAAAUAAGUUCAAAGUACCAUUCAACUUCAAACAACUGUGUUUUGGCAUUUUUAAUCAGAGCAAUUAAAAACUAAGUAGCUACAAAACAUACCCCAUACAUGAGCACCAGUUAGUAGUACCUAAUUUAAAAUAGAAAUUAAAAGUAAGCACCAUUCGAACGAACGAAA